UUUUAUCUUCUAUAAAAACAAUUUAGAUAACCAUUAACUAACUAAUUAAUUUGAAAUCUAUAUGCUUUGUAAUGUGCAAACCAUUAAAAUAAUUCAAUUGUCACGUUACAGAACAUGAGGCCUGCUUCUCGAUAUAAAUCGUGAAUGGCAGAUGACCCAAUUCGAUUAUUUUUUGUUUAUCAUAAGUAAGCAGCAAUGUAUGGUGAUUGAAAGAAGAAACAAAGAGAUGUGUAAUUAGAUUAAUCUACACAAUGGACUCAUUUAAAUGAUACCGGGCCGUAUUCAUAUGUACUUUAGCAAGCAGCAGCAGCAGCCCAAAUUAGGCUCGAUCCACUUUGAGAGAUCAAUUUCAAACUCCAUCUGAUUCUGGCGAACCUGGCGCCACCGAUUUCUCUCUCUAUACCUCCGAAUUGAAAACCCUAUAUAAUAUUAUCUUCCAUUUCUCCCAUGUCAUCUCCUACCCUCUAUAAAUAAUCCCAGAAAUUCCCAUCACCUAAAUCCCCAACAUGCAAAACCAGAAGCGGGUAUUCUGCCCCGAAAAUGAAGAGCUGGCGUCCUACAUGCUGCAGAAAAGGCAAGAACUUGCAGACAGUCCCAAAGGGAUAUCAGAGAACUUGGACAUGACUCUUUCCAAGGCUUACAGUAGUGUCUGUACUGCAAAGACUCCAAUUAAAACUCUCAAGGACUUAUCUCUGAUCAAGGGUGUGGGUAAAUGGAUUCUGAAGCUAAUGCAGGGUUUUUUUGAUGGUGGUCCUGAAAAUUCUGAACCAGAAGAUUUGACCAACAAAGUUAAGCGAGGCAAGGAAGCAAAACAAUAUAUGCCUCAGAAGAACUCUGUGGCAUAUGCAUUACUAAUAACCCUUUACAGGGGGACUUCAAAUGGUAAUGAGUUUAUGCGUAAACAGGAGCUUAUAGAUGCAGCUGAAGCAAGUGGGCUAUCUCGAGUUCCUAUUGCGCCAGAAAAAGGACGAGGGAAGCCAGCACAAUUUGGAAGUUCUCCUCGAGAUUGGUAUAGUGGAUGGAACUGCAUGAAGACAUUGAUAACCAAAGGAUUAGUUGUUAAAUCAAGUUGCCCAGCAAAGUAUAUGCUGACUGAGGAAGGGCGGGAAACAGCUUGUGAAUGUCUCAUGAGAUCUCGUCUGUCGGAUCCUAGAGAGGGCUCAGCUAAUGCGGAGGAGCCUUUUGAUGCGGACAUGAGUAGUGCAUUAGAUCUAGACUCUGCUCGCCUAGAUUCUGCUGGAGCAGUGACAUCUUCAUCUGUUGCUGUAAGCGGGCAGAAGAAACCAAUUGAUGUUCCUCUCGAAUCACUUCAGAGGUUUUUGCGCAUGGGAUACUCUAAGGUACAAGUUCUUCAUGCUUUCACUGAAGUUUCAGAAACUUCCCGGAACAAGGAGAUCUCAUCUCUCUGGCCGGCAGUUCUGUGUCGUCUUCGAGAAGAUCAAGUUUAUGGUCUGCAUUCAGAGCUUCAGAGCUUUAGAAAGGACUGCCAAUUCACAACAACAGCUUACACAUAUACAAAUGGUAUAGUAGAUUUUGUUGAUCACCAAAGUGUUACGGAUUUAACUUCUGAUGGUGGAGAAACAUCAAAUUCAUGUUCUGUCCGCUCUGCGCAUGACUCAUUUUCCUUGAGAGCUUGUUCAUCAUCUGAAAAUCCUGUGAAAAACUCAAGUUUGAAUGGCCUGGAAGCAAACUUGAACACUUUAAACAUGCCGCCUCUGAGCUUAGGAGAAAGAUUUGAGGAUGUGUAUGAAGUAGUUUUGGUACUGGAUGACAGAGAGCAGUUUGCCGUUCAGGGGUCAAAGUGCAGUAAGCUUAUCGAAAACAUUUGUAAAGAACACAAAAUUAAAAUAGUGGUUAGGCGGUUACCUGUUGGAGAUGGAAUAUGGAUAGCUCGCCAUAAGUAUCUCCACAGUGAAUACGUACUUGAUUUUAUUGUUGAGAGGAAAAAGGUUGAGGACUUGCGCUCUUCAAUCAGGGAUCACCGCUAUAAAGAUCAGAAACUGAGACUUCUGGUUGUGUUUCUGCCAUCUCUCUCUCGAUGUGGACUUAGGAAGCUGAUAUAUCUUGUGGAAGGUGAUCCAAAUUUCUGUGAAGCAGCCGAAAGUAUCAAAACAGCUUGUUUUACAACUGAGAUUCUGGAAGGAUUUGAUGUGCAGAGAACAAGUUGCUUGCGUGAUACGCUCAAGAAGUAUGGCUAUCUCACUCAUUCCAUAACUCAAUACUAUAGUUCACAGCUGCUGGCAGAUCAGCCCAAAUGCAAUGAGGUCUGUCCUCCUUUUGAUGAAUUUAUCAAAAGGUGUCAAGACCUAGAGAAGAUGACAAUCAGUGAUGUAUUUGCUAUUCAGCUCAUGCAGGUUCCACAAGUAACAGAGGAAAUUGCCAUUGCUGUUCUAGAUCUCUAUCCAACACUUAUAUCUCUUGCAUGUGCCUAUUCUCUUCUUGACGGUGAUGUUUGUGCACAAGAGGAGAUGCUUAGGAAGCACAGUAACAAUGCUAUCAGUGCCACUGCUAGUAGGAAUAUCUUCCGAUUGGUCUGGGGCAAUGACAAUUGAGGGAUUGAGUCUUCUUAUAAGCAAAGUGAGAUGAGGACGUGAAUGAUUGUUUUUCUUUUUUGGGUAUGCAAAAGCUAUUUGCUUCAUUACUGCUCUGCUUUUGUUAUGCUGUGUAAUAUAUCAUAUCCUGUCAUUAGAGCAUGACCUUGAGUAGCAAUAUAUAUUAUAGUUAUAAUUUC